UGCUGCCGGGGUAACGGAGUUUUGGGGUUGUACGGAAUGUUGCCGGCGGAGUAGGAACUCCCGCCAUUUUUCAAUCAGGUAUUAACCCUCUUGUUUAUUUUGUAUUUAUUGACAUUAUAAACCAUAAUUAUUGGAGAAACGAUUUGAUUCCCGGACAUUGUUGAAGAACUGACAGAAGAGACUGUCCGGGAAGAGGCCGAGCCUGCGUAGACUGGAGAAGAAAGCGCGCCAGACCCCCUGACGGGCGCCUCUACUGUCCCCGCGAAUUGGACAAUUUAGAAAGGCUUGCUUUUCCUACCCGGCGUAUGAGCGAAGUUUCCGCAGAACAGCGGAACAGUUGAAGACUGGAACAAAUCCAUACACGAUACCUUGAAACUACAUGGACAUAAUAGAACUAUGACACAAGCGCAAAUCCUCUAUACUAGAAGAACAAGAAGGAGAUGUAACUGUUAGCCGUGUUAUUGUUUUGCUUCAGAGAUCAAGCGAGCUAGCAUGCUAGCCUAGCUGUGUGCUAGUCACGCAGUGAAUGCUCGGGAAACGUGGGAAGCGAUUUGUGAUAACGUGGGAUUCUGGAAUACAUGCAAAGUUUGUCUGCCGUAUUUCUGAGGAGUUUUGUGCACGAAGGAGGUUUAUUUAUUGAGCUGCCACCGCUGUCGUCUCUCACCCACGAUGGCACCGUUGUUGGGCCGGAAACCCUACCCCCUGGUUAAGCCGCUUGCGGAGCCGCCGGGCCCAGGAGAAAACGUCUACAUCAUCGAGCACACUAAGGAGGCCUUCAGGAACAAAGAAGAGUAUGAGGCCCGCCUGCAGAAGUAUGGCGAGCGCAUCUGGACAUGCAAGAGCACGGGCAGCAACCAGCUCACACACAAGGAGGCCUGGGAGGAAGAGCAAGAAGUGACAGAGCUGCUUCAAGAGGAGUACCCCAGCUGGUUUGAGAAGCCAGUGCUGGAGAUCGUGCACCAUAACACAGUGUCUCUGGACAAGCUGGUAGACCUGGUCUGGGUGGAGAUCCUCACCAAGUAUGCAGUGGGCGAGGAGUGUGACUUCCUGGUGGGCAAGGACAAGAGCUUUCGGGUGAACGUGGUGAAGAUCCACCCGCUAGACACGCCGCCGGAGGAGGCUGGCGAGAAGAAGCUAGAGGGGGCCUGUGACUCGCCCUCCAGUGACAAGGAGAACGCCAGCCAGGAGAACCAGAAGAAGGAGCUGCCCGAGGAGGAGGGCAGGCGAAGGGAAAGCCUCUGUGAUCGUGCAAGGCGGUCGCCACGGAAACUGCCCACCAGUAUGAAAGAGGAGAGGAAGAAGUGGGCGAUGCCCAAGUUCCUGCCACACAAGUAUGACGUCAAACUGGUCAACGAGGACAAGAUCAUCAGUGACGUUCCUGUGGACAGCCUGUUCCGCUCUGAGCGUCCGCCCAACAAGGAGAUCAUGCGCUACUUCAUCCGGCACAACUCCCUGCGCUUGGGCACGGGAGACAGCGCGCCCUGGGUGGUGGAGGAUGAACUGGUGAAGAAGUUCAACCUGCCCAGCAAGUUCAGUGACUUCCUGCUCGACCCACACAAGUUUCUGGCGGAGAACCCCUCAACUAAACGCAAGAGUCUGAGCUCUCCAGAGGGCAAACCCAACAAGAAGCUCAAGACCUCGGAGCCAGGAGCCGAGGGCGAUGGGACCAAUGAGAAGGGAGAGGAGAAGAAAAAGAAGAAGAAGAAGAAGAAGGACUCUCUCCCCAUGCCGCUCAGUCCUACAAUUUGGGGUCACAUGCAGAAGAAGGUCAAUGGGUCUCCACUAAAGAUGAAGAAUUCGGGGACGGCGAAGGCUGACGGCGGGGUCCUGACUACGCCCAAAUCUGCCAAGAAAGCUGGUGAGAAGAAAUCGGCUGGGGCUGACGGCAAGAAGAGCCGCAAGAGUGGCACGAAGGGUGUCGGCGGUCAGAAGGCCUCCAAGAAGGACGACAAGUCGGCCGGCGGCAAGAAGCCCAAGAUGAAGCAGAUGACUCUGUUGCAGCUGGCCAAGAGCCAGGCGUCCAAAGCUGCCGGCAGCCCCAAGAAACGCGCCCGCAGCUCGGUCGGCGGUGCCACGGCGAAGCUCGGCAAGCCGCUGCAUCCCGUGGCGCUGCACCUGGUGCGCUACUACAACCAGAACAAGGAGCGCGAGGACCGCAAGAACGCCCUCUCGGCGCUGGUGUCCAAGGCGGCCAAGGUGCUGUCGACGGAGGAGCGCGGGAGGCUGCAGCCGGACGAGCUGCGGCAGGCGGUGCAGAAGCGCUGGGAGCUGCUGGAGCGGAAGCGGCGCUGGGCGGCCAUGAGCGACGAGGAGCGGCAGGCCGAGCUGCGGCGCCGCCGCGAGGAGGUGAAGGAGAAGACUCGCGAGCGCGCCAAGGAGCGCCGCGAGAAGGAGAUGCUGGUACGCCGGGAGCAGCAGCGCCGCUUCGAGGACCAGGAGCUGGACGGUAGGCCUCUGCCGGCGUUCCGGCCCGUGGAGACCCCCGAGGGCCUUCCCAACGAGCUGUUCGGCGACGUGGCCAUGGUGGCGGACUUCCUGAGCUGCUAUGCGGGGCUACUGAUGCCCGACGAGCAGUAUCCGGUGACUGCGGCGGCCCUGCUGGAGGCGCUCGGAGGCGAACGCGGCGGCUUCCUCUACCUGAACCGCGUGCUGGUGGUGCUGCUGCAGACGCUGCUGCAGGACGAGCUGGCCGAGGGCUACAGCGAGCUGGACAUGUCGCUCUCCGAGAUCCCGCUCACCAUGCACUCGGCGUCCGAGCUGGUGCGGCUCUGUCUGCGGCCCAGCGACCAGGACCAGGAGAGCGCACGCGGCUCCGACGAGAACGACGGCGGCGGAGGCGGUUCGGGUCUGGGCGGCUACGACGAGGUGGUGACUGCCGACCUCCUGGAGCAGCUGGACACACGCGAGGUCUUCGAGCUGUCGCCGCCUGACAAGCUUCGCCUGCUGGUGGCGCUGUGCCACCGCAUCCUCAUGACCUACUCGGUGGUGGACCACGUGGACGCCAUGCAUCAGCGCUCGGCCGAGCUCUGGAAGGAGCGCCUGGCCACGCUCAAGGAGGUCAACGACCGCAAGCGCGCCGAGAAGCAGCGCCGCAAGGAGGAGAUGGAGGCCAAGGGUCAGGGUCCGGCUCACGCGGCAGUGCCUGACGCGGCCGGUUGUGUGAAGAUGGAGGGAGGAGGAGGAGCAGGAGACUCUCCUCAGGUGAAGGAGAAGCCAGCGGAGAAAAAGAGGGAGAGUGGGGCCAAAAAGGAGGCCGUGGCCAAGAAGGAGGGUGGGAAGGCGAAAGCAGAGGUGAAGGCAGAGCCCCCUGCAGAGCCCGAGCCAGUGGAUAUGAUCAGCACGGUGAAGAGCAGGAGGCUCAUGUCCAUCCAGGCCAAGAAGGAGAAGGAGGAGCAGGACCGACUCAACAAAGAACGCAUGGAGCGGGAGAUGGAGGAGGAGCGAAUCAGGAAGCAGCGGGCGUCAGCAGAGAGGGCCUUCCACGACGGCAUCGCUAAAGCCAAACUCGUCCUGAGGAGAGUACCGCUGGGCACUGACCGCAACCACAGCCGGUACUGGCUGUUUUCGGAAGUGGUGCCGGGCCUGUAUGUGGAGAAGGGCUGGGUGCACGACAGCAUUGAGUACAACUACACCCUGCCCCCCGAGGACCAGCCCGCCCCAGAGGAAGAGGAGGAGGAUGAAGAGCAGGACACUGAGGCCAAUGGAGAGAAAGAGGAGGAGGGAAGCGAGAGCGCCUCUACCGAGGGUGUCCAGCAGGUGGCGCCAGUCGUCCCUGAGCCGGUCAUUGAGACCACCGUCCCGAAGCUGGGUCAGAACCUCUGGUUUGUGUGUGACACCCCGCGGGACUUUGAGGAGUUGAUGGAGAAUUUACACGCACAAGGAGUGAGGGAGAGCGAGCUGAAAAACCGACUACAAGACCGGUCCCAGGACAUCCUCCAUUCCAUCCACCUGACCCGCAAGGGCAACCCGGGUCUGAAGACCUGCGACGGGCACCAGGAGCUGCUCAAGUACAUGCGCAGCGACGUGCUGGAGGUGGCCUCGCGUCUGCAGAAGGGUGGCCUGGGCUACAUGGACGACACGUCCAAGUUUGAGGAGAAAGUGCGGUCACUGGAGAACCUGAAGGACUUCGGGGAGUGCGUGAUUACGCUGCAGGAGAGCGUGAUCCAGAAGUUCCUGCAGGGCUUCAUGGCCCCCAAGCAGAAGAAGAAGAAGAAACAGGGAGGCGAGGAGCAGAGCGCCAAGGCCGAGGAGGUGGAUGAGGAGAAGAAGAUGGCAGAGGAGGCCCGGGUGGCGACGGCUGUGGAGAAGUGGAAGGUGGCGAUCCGCGAGGCGCAGACAUUCUCCCGCAUGCACGUGCUGCUAGGAAUGCUGGACGCCUGCAUUAAGUGGGACAUGUCUGCGGAGAACGCUCGCUGCAAAGUCUGCCGCAAGAAAGGGGCGCUGAGGCGGCUGUCUGAGGUGGUGUUGCUGAAGGACGUUGGACCGCCAGCGGCGGUGACGUCUGAGUCGGCCAGGCUGAGUAGUGUCAGGCAGGUGCUAGCGUGGACGACGAGAGAUGCAGGAGAGGAUGAUAAGCUGAUCCUGUGCGAUGAGUGUAACAAGGCGUUCCAUCUCUUCUGCCUGCGGCCGGCUCUCUACCGCAUCCCUGCCGGGGAGUGGCGGUGUCCGGCUUGCCAGCCCGCUGUGGCGCGUCGCUGCUCCAGAGGACGAAACUACAACGAGGACAGCGAAGAGGAUGAGGACUCUGAGGAAGAGGAGGAGGAAGAUUCGGACGAAGAUGAUGAUGAAGAAGAUAAAGACUACAAAGCCAUGGGACACAGCUUGCGGCCGCGAAAAAAGGUCAAGCAGUCUUCCUCACGCUCGAAGAGCCAAUCAAAAUCCUCAUCCAAGAAACAGACGACACCCAGCAACAAGUCCAGCUCCAGCAAGCCGAAGGGAACGAGUAGCCCUGCCGACAUCGAUGAGCUGGUGCGGCAGAGCUCUCGGGGUGGCUCUCGCAGGGUGGCUGUGGAGCUGGAGAAGUGUGAGGAGAUCCUUCAGAAGCUCGUCAAGUUCCGCUACAGCUGGCCCUUCAGAGAGCCAGUGUCCCCUGACGAGGCAGAGGACUACCUGGACGUGAUUAGCCAGCCGAUGGACUUCAGCAGCAUGCAGGACAAGCUGAGCGCAGGCCGCUACCGCACGACCCAGGAUUUCCUGGAGGACAUGAAGCUGGUCUUCUCCAACGCAGAGGAGUACAACCAGCCCGGCAGCGCCGUGCUCAACUGCACCGUCCGCACCGAGCAGAGUUUCACAGAGCUGCUGCAGAAACACCUGCCAGGGCUCAGCUACCUGCGCCGCCGAACACGCAAGCGCCUCAGCCAGGCCCAUCAGGAGGAGGAGGAGGAGGAGGAGGAGGAAGAAGACGAUGGCGAUGAGGAGGUGGAGGAGAAGGGGAGGGAGAAAAGGGGCUUGCAGAACGGACGAGGGUCCUCGUCUGCUUCCAACGGUCGGCGCGGCAGGAGUCGAAAGAGGGGAGAGGAGGCGAGUGAGAGUGAGGAAGAUGAGGAGGAGGAUGAAGAUGACGAGGACGGCCGGCGGAGGAGCCGGAGGGGCGCGGGGAGGAAGGACUACCGCGAGCGGGCCGAUGAGGAAGACGAGGAUGCGGAAGGGGGAAGCGGGGGCGGCCGCAGCAGAACUCGAGCACGCAAGGGCGACGAGGAGGAUGGCCAGCGACAUUCCAAGCGACAAAAACGCUCUUCGUGAAACCCAGGGUGCUCGUUAUAAUAUUGUUGUUUUCUUUCGACUUGGGUUUUUUUUUUUUCUUUCUUUUUUUCUGUGCUAUUUGUAAACAAUCCCCCACCUCCCAGAAAUGUCAAAUUUGGACCCCUAAACCCACCCCCUACUCCCACGAUAGACCUCCCUAAUUGUACCAAAUUCUCUCCUACUUGUAUGUUGUAGAUUUUUUUUGUUCCCAAUUCCUUGUAUUAUUUCCGUGCUUCAGGGAGGUUUUAUGUUGAUAUUUUGACAAAGAAAAACUGAUUUAUAUUUGUAAUGGCAUUUAUUAUCAGUGACAUUUUUUCAACUGAUGAAGCAAAUUUCCUGAGGGGAAAAAACUUAAAAAAGAAAAAAAAAACAAAAAAACAAAAAAAAAAACUGAAGAAAACCUAAAAUUUGAAAGUGAUCUCAUUGAGCUCUUAAAAACACUUUAUUUUGUUCUUUCGACUUGUUCCCUUUUAGACCUCACUCUAUGCUCUCUCUCUCAUGGUAAAUACCUCCUAUAACAACUCCUGCAAUUGCCUCAUAGCCAAUAUGUCAGUAAUUGGGUCUUCUGUUCUGUUUGGUUAUGUUAUCGUGUUGUUUUGCUGUUCCAUCAAUAUUGCUGGGUUCUAAAGCUAAAGCUUAAACCUAAAGCAGGAUUAUGACCAACAUACUAUCUUCUGCACCGACCAGUUCUAGCAUCGUAGAGGUUCUCCAGAACCACCACAGCGGGAGAACCAAACCGAACUGCACGUCUCAGGUUAGCUGGAGUGGCUCAGAUGGAUUCUACCCAAAUUACCCUAAACCUCCACCUAGUUUGUUAUUAUCGGCCAUGUUAUUAGAGAGCUUUGGAAAAUUAAGAUGGUCAAUCUUGAAGUAUGCAACAUCAGUCUGCGUUUAAACAGUCUUCAGUGUUUGUUUUGUUUUCUUUUUUUGUUUUGUUUUGUUUUUUUAACAAUAAAGACACAAUGAGUAUC